CUCCGCGUUCAUGGCAUUGUGAAUGUGCUCACGGCAGUAGUGGAGCCGGAAGGGGAGCUACGAUUCCGUCCCCGCCUUCACCCGACGCGGCGCUUACGCUACAGGACAGCCCGGGGUCUAGCGCUGUCACGGCAGGCCUAAUUCCGUCAGCUUAAUCGCAAACACAGUUGUUUAAAAAAAUAAUACAUUUUAUAGCCAUCCGAGGCAUCCGAGCAGCGAGGUUGUGUAUUUUUCAAUACGGCUCCAGUGCAGGGUGGACUGACCUGUCAUGAAUGAGCCCAUUGAAGGCGGUGCGAUCUCGUUUGACGAGUACGUGCGGCAGAAGGCGCGCACUAUACCUCAGCACCGCAUGAAAGAGUUUCUGGAGUCGCUGGCCACCAAAGGCCCGGAGGUGCUACAGGAGUUUAGUCAACAGACCAGCGGCACCACCACGACUAUGGUGUACCAGCAGGGUGCCAACUGCAUCUAUACAGACAGCACAGAGGUGGCGGGGUCAUUGCUGGAGCUGGCAUGUCCAGUGCAAGUGACAUCUGCUCAGAUUUCUCCCCAGCUGGCUGCAGCUGUGCACCAAGCUUCUGAACAGCAAAUUCAAGUACAGGUGCAGAUCCAAGGAGAGCAGGGUCAAACAGUUGGUCAGGUUCUUCAAGUGGCAUCUCCCACCCAGCAGCAGUUACAUGGACUCACUACAACACAGCUGAUACAGCAAGGAGAGCUUACAGAGGAACAACAACAGCAGCUCCAGGCCCAGCUGGUGGCAGCAGUUGCCGGAGGUCAGCAGAUUCAGAUUCAGACUGUGGAGGCUCUGUCUCCUCAGCAGCAGGGCUCCCCGAGAGAGGUAGAGAGAAGACCUGGAGCCUCACCAGCUGUCCUCCAGCCUGCAAAGAAACGCAAGGUGGACGUCCCUACUGUUGUCUCCUACUCGCUGCCUCAAGGGCAGCAAUUAGCUACUGUACUGGCCAUCCCACAGGGCCAGCAGCAAGGCUACCUGUCACUUAGACCAGACCUGCUAACCGUUGAUAGCACCCACCUGUACAGUGCCACUGGUACCAUCACAGGCCCAGCAGGAGAGACCUGGACCAUACCCGUGUACUCAGCCCCUCAGCAGCAAGGCGUGGCCCACAUUGCAAUCCCUCAGGAGGCCUAUAGCACCGUGCAGCUACAGGCCUCGCCUACCACUCAAGAUAAAGACAAAGACAAGAUGAUAGCAUCUCAGGCCGGCGGGGCGGUGGCUGUUCCGGUGUCUGGAUCAGGAGUGACAACGCAAGAGGAAGUCGUACAUUCACUGUUCCCAGCGCAGUUUAUGAAUGGAAACAUUCAUAUCCCUGUAGCAGUGCAGACAGUAGGGGGCACUUACUCCGGGACUACGCAAGCCCUGCACAUAUGGGAUCCGCAGCAACAGCAGCAGCACAUACAAGAUGGAGAGGCUCAGGAACAACAGCUCCACUUGCAGACAGAGGCAGAGCCACAGGUAGAACCUCCACCUGAGAUGGUUCUCCCCAACACACUGAAUCCUGAGGAGGGGCUAGAGGUGUGGAGGCUCUGGGUUCAGCGCAAAAAUGCUGAGCUGGACAAGAAUGACCAAAAUAAACUGGCACCUAUUGGACGUCGCCAGCCACUGCGUUUCCAGGACGAUCUGGUGUCAAGUUCAGUGGGCGAGCUGAACUUGGCUCUGUCCCUGAUGACCCAGGAGGCUCGAGGGCUGGAGGGGGAGCCAUUUGAACCUGACUCACUCUACUAUGUAUAUUUAUGUAUACAGAAAUACAUGUUUGAGAACGGCAGGGUAGACGACAUCUUUUCGGAUCAGUACUACGGUCGGUUCUGUCAGUGUUUACACAAAAUUCUGGAGGAGUGGAGGCCCAGUGUUCACCCUCUUGGCUACAUUAUCCCAAGUCAUGUGACAGAAGAGAUGCUCUGGGAAUGUAAGCAGCUGGGAGCUCAUUCUCCAGCCACCCUACUUACUACACUCAUGUACUUCAACACCAAGUACUUCCACUUGACCACAGUAGAGCAGCAUAUGAAAGUAGCCUUCUCCAAAGUGCUGAGACACACCAAGAAGAACCCAACCAACCCUAAAGACAAGAGCACCAGCAUCCGCUACCUAAAAGGAGUCGGGCCCCACCAUGUUGGACAGAAAGUGACCGAUGACAUGUACGCAGAGCAAGCUGAAGACCCAGAGAACCCCCUGCGUUGCCCCAUCAAGCUCUAUGACUUUUACCUCUUCAAAUGCCCUCAGACUGCCAAGGGUCGCAAUGACACAUAUUACCUGACACCAGAGCCUGUCGUGGCACCUAACAGCCCUAUCUGGUACUCCACUCAGCCAAUCACAAGCGAGCAACUGGAGCACAUGCUCACACGCAUCAUGAUGGUGCGGGAAAUUCAGGAGAUAAUCGCCAUUGCCCAGGCCAAUGUACACUGAGAGAAGACGGGAAAAAUGAGAGCAAGAUGGAAAGAGAGAGCACCUUUCUCCUUCAGUGUUUCAUCUUGCCAUUCACUCCUUUCUCAGAGAGACUAAACCAAGCUGCUUCUGCGGUGUCUCCUUAUAUUCACACCCAUAUGAUUUAAAGGAGAGUGCAGGAGAGGUUUUCAAUGAACAGGACAUACAUAAAAGCCUUUUUUGUUUGUUUUUUUAGAUACAGAAAUUUAUUUUUAUGUUUGUUCACCUAAUGACCAUCAAAACGUAUUUGCCAAGAUCUCCCAUUGUGUGUAUUUUCUCUUUCUGCCAUGUAUGUUAUGCUCCUUCCCUUUACCCAUUGCCUCCCCCCUUUUUUCACUUUUUUUUUUUUUUUUUUUAAGUGCUUAACUGUGAAGAUCAGAUGGUUUUAAGAUCGCAGUUAAGCUUUAGUCAUUAUCAGCAGUGGGCUAGAAAACCAUGUGAUGGUUUUGUGUAUACACUUCCAGUCAUGGCUUCAUCCACCUGUAACAUCUACAAACACCGAACACAACCCCUGCUCACUCCCAGGAGCCUGCAAUAGCGGAGUCUGCAUACCUGAGGAGUGUAUUGUACAUGAAGACUUUUUUGUUCCAUUUUUAUAUAUAUAUAUGCAUCUGUGGUAAACUGAUACGUAUUGAUAUUAUAGUGGUGCUGGACAAUUGAAGCCUGUGUUUUCAAACA